GUGAAAAGUGAAACCGAAGUGAACUUCAGUAUUCGUGGUUGUCAGCAAUGGACGGACCCUCCCCGACCACCGACCCUCUAAGGAAUGAAUUCGGAUCUCUGAACGACCUAGCCCACGAGCUCGCCUCUCUCCAAGACCUUGCGCUGCGCGGCUCCUGGCGUUCCAUUCUCGACAAAGUUUCCCGUGCCCGUUCCCUCGACCUGCUUUCCAAGCCCCACGACCACCUCAUCUACCUUUCCUACAACGUCCUCGCCCUCACCAAGCUCCGCCGCUUCACCGACGCUUCUGCCGAGAUCGACUCUCUCCACGACUUCAACAGCCACCAGUACAAAUACGAAUCCUACCCUCAACUUUAUCCCUCCCGCUCCGGUUCUAUGGUCCCCUUCUCCCUCCGCUUCAUCCACGCCCAACUCCCCUUCAAGCUUGAGAAUCGCCAAGAAGGGUUAGAUCGAUUUUACCUUUUGCUUAGUUUUAUUCGUCAGAAAAUUAAAGAGAAGGGAAGUAACAGUUUUCAGGAGUCUAUCAAAAUUUGGAGAAAAAGGGAAAAUUUUGUGUUACAUUGUUUAAUUGGGCAUCAUUUGGGGGCUAAGGAUUUCAUUGUAUGUUUAGAUUUGAUUAGGGAUUUGAUCGAUCAUGAUUAUUUAGACCCAGUUUUGAUUUCCAAAUUAGGGUAUAUUCAAAUGCAGGUUGGGGAUAUUGAAGGGGCAAAAGGAUCGUUUCAUCGUGUCGAGACAAUGUUCAAUGAAGGGAAGAAUGAUGGGUAUUCAUCCUUGAGUGAGGUUGAGUUUAGAAAUCUUGUGAAUAGAAACAAGGCCUUGAUUUAUUUGGUAGGCAAAGAUUAUGUUUCUGCUGUUAGGGAAUAUGAGGAAUGUAUUGAAAGGGAUCACACGGAUGUUGUAGCAGUUAAUAACAAGGCGCUUUGUUUGAUGUAUUUGAGAGAUUUGUCAGAUUCGAUUAAGGUAUUGGAGAAUUCACUUGAAAGGGUGCCUACCGUGGCAUUGAACGAGACUUUGGUGAUCAAUUUGUGCAGUAUGUAUGAGUUGGCACAUGUUAAUCACUCAGAGAUUAAGAGGACUUUGAGUAAUUGGAUUGCUGGAGUUGCUCCUGAUGAUUUUGAUGCAUCCUGUACCAGAGCUUGAGGUAUUAUGCUUUCUUGUGUGUCCUAUGAUGUUAUGCUGGUUGAGGUGGUUUAUUUAGUGGUGUUCUUUAGCAAAGUAUUUUGGAAUUGUGGUUUGUUAGAUGCAAAUUAGUAAAUUAUCAGAUUUCAAAUGAAUUAUGGUGUUAUGC